AAUUUUAUUCCAAGUAGCUGUCAAUAUUUGAGACCGUAGAUAUUUAUAGUUCCAGUGAAUUAAUAAUUGUCAGUAUUACAAAAUGUGUUCUUCAGUGUUUAUAUUGGGGUCUCUAUUUGUUUUUGGUUCACUUAUUAAUGGGUCAAAAGGUAAUGUAGAAUGGAAAAACUAUUCCAAGAUAGAAGUAUAUGGAAAUGCUAUACAGAUCGACGUGUUGCCCCUCAAUGAGUCUAUAUAUGUCGGUCAAGUACAUGUUUCGGAUAAUAUUAGCGAUGCUCACCUUCCAGCUAACAUAAUCAUAGGAGAAAACUACACCAGAGUGACUUUAAACAAAAAACUGCUCUUUGUUUUUGAAGAUAUAAAAAUCUUAGUCAGCAACAACAAGGACAAAUUUGGUUGGAAAUUUACCAACAAGGACAACUUAUACAAAAACUUUGAUCAAAAGGAGUACGUUCCGCUUCAAGUAGGAUGGGAGUAUAAUUCGGUAGAAAAGUUCAACGCUUCUAUAUACCUAGGAAAAGCAUUGAUCCCUGCGUUGGGUGGCCAUUUUAUAGGAAAGGUCUAUAAGGGACAUCCGGACGAAAACCGAAAUGGUGGAUUGUGGAUUGAUUUUCCUGAUGAGGAAUAUCCGUAUUGGUUAAAUAAAGGAAAUUUUGAACUUGCUGUUUUAUACAAAUAGCUUUUUAAAAUAAUUUAUUGUACUUAUGUAUGUGUAUUAAUUAUUUGUAAAAAAUUAUUGCUCAAUUUUUUAACUUUACAUUUAUUAAAUGUUUACUAUAUUAA